GGUUGUCGUAGGUGGUAACUUUGUAGCAGCAAGCCCAGCCUUGUUCCCCAGAGUUAGUGCUUGGGAAAAAGGACUGAGUUUUUCCGGCUCGCGGGGCUCUUGCUUCUCGUCCGACCAAUUGCAGUUCUGGCCUCCGCCCUCCGGCCUCUUUGCCCUGCUUUGGAGAUUGAGGCAACAGCAGUUCGAGCCUGACCAUGUCCAGGAAUUACUCUGAUACAAGUAACAGAAAGGAACAUGUCAAAAUUACAGCUGACCGGCAGCCGGGCUUCUUGGAGCGUCUCAGUGAGACGUGGGGCGGCAUGUUUGUUGGAUUGAUGACUUUUUUACUCUCCUUCUACCUGAUCUUUACUAAUGAGGGCCGGGCCUUGAGAACGGCGACUUCUCUUGCUGAGGGGCUCUCGCUUGUGGUUCCCCUGAACACCAUCCACAGUGUAGCCUCAGAGAACGAGGGCAGACUUGUGCACUUGAUUGGCUCCCUCCGGACAUCCAAGCUCUUGUCUGAUCCCAACUAUGGGGUCUUCAUCCCUGCAGUGAAAUUGAAGCGACAGGUGGAGAUGUACCAGUGGGUGGAGUCAGAAGAGUCCAGGGAGUAUACAGAAGAUGGCCAAGUGAAGACGGAGAGGAGAUACUCCUAUAAUACCGAGUGGAAAUCAGAAAUCGUCAACAGCAGGAACUUUGACCGAGAGAUUGGGCAUAAAAACCCCAGUGCAAUGGCCGUGGAGUCCUUUACAGCCGUCGCCCCUUUUGUUCAGAUUGGCAGGUUCUUCCUUUCUGCAGGUCUUAUUGACAAAAUUGACAACUUCAAACCGCUGAGCCUGGCCCACAUGGAAGACCCCCACGUCGACAUCAUCCGGCGAGGAGACUACUUCUACCACAGCGAGAACCCCAAGUAUCCAGAAGUUGGAGAUGUACGGGUUGCAUUUUCCUACGCAGGCCUGAGUGGUGACGACCCCAACCUGGGCCCAGCUCAUGUGGUCACUGUGAUUGCUCGGCAGCGUGGAGACCAGCUGGUCCCCUAUACCACCAAGUCUGGGGACACCCUGCUGCUUCUGCACCACGGUGACUUCACUGCAGAGGAGGUGUUCCAGAGAGAACAUCAAAGCAACACGUUGAAAACCUGGGGCUUUCGAGGCGCUGGCUGGAUGGCCAUGUUUGUGGGCAUCAACCUCAUGACUCGGAUCCUGUAUACACUGGUGGACUGGUUUCCGCUUUUCCGAGACCUGGUCAACAUCGGCCUGAAAGCCUUUGCCUUUUGUGUGGCUACAUCCCUGACCCUGCUGACCAUUUCUGCUGGCUGGCUCUUUUACCGUCCCCUCUGGGCUCUGGCCAUUGGCUUGCUGGCCAUAGUUCCUAUCCUGAUUGCUCGAACCCGGGCACCAGCCAAAAAACAGGAGUGAAGAAUACACUGGGCUCUGGACUGUCUGCUUUCACCUCAGAAUGUUGGAGGAGACGUUGGUCCUGAAGACCCAUCGCAUCUCUCCCAGCUGAAGCUAUCACCACCCCCUCAUGCCUGUCAAGUCACCGGCUCCACCUGGCAGAACAACCAAACAGGACCUGGCUGAAAUCUCUCUUCUCCUUCUCUUCCCCCAAUCCCCCACCUCCUGACUUAGGGACUUGGGUUUCUCUCUGGCAUUUAGGCAAACUCGGGAGAAUCCUCUCGUUCUCUCUGCUGAGCAGCUUGGGUUGGUGGAAGUGGUGCUGUCAGCUGGCACCACUGGCUUCUUUGAGCUUCCUUUGUUGAGAGAGGUUUCUCUUUAGGGAAGGGGGUCACUGCUGCAGGUUAUAAUCUGGAGUCUCCCUCUGAUCUUCCUGGGGAGACCUUUUAGCUCCUUUGUUGCUGCAGUCGAGCCAACUGCAGUGUAGUAGAAGUGGAAACACCGUAAAAUCCACAGAGAUCUGUUCAUAAAAGGUGCCCAGUAUUAUUCCUUAGCAGCCCUUUUUUAGAGAUGAGUAUAGGGUGGGGGAAGCUACCUUCAUUGUCCUCUUGAGUUUGAUACAUAGUUCUUGUAUUAGCAACCUUUAGUUAGUAUUUUAGUUUAUAUCCAGUAGGGCUAAGCAGUCCUUCCUAAGAGAAAGUGACUUGAACUUACUUAGCUUUGUGACCCUGGACAAGUCACUUAAUCCCAAUUGCCUCCAAAAAAAAAAAAAAAGAGAGAGAGAAAAUUACUUGUAAAGAAAGUAAAAACAAUAGGAAUGCGUAACAAUCAACCAUUGUUUCCAGACACGUUUUGCUAUCUGCUGUCCAUACAGAGAUGAUGUUCAACUGGACUUUUGUUUAUCUGGCAAAAAAAUGUCAUUUGAUUUUGCAUGUGUCAUCAGGAAAAAGUCAAAUUCUUUUGAAAUAUUAUCUAAGCCAUUUGUUUUUCUUAUAGUAAGGGAAAGAAUGGCAAUAGGUAGUAGAUACUGAGCAGGAGGUACUUCACCUUUUGAACUCAACUGAUGAACUUAAAGAAACCUCUUGGAAAUAUUCACUUUAAAACCUUACAAAGCUUUUAAAAACUAUGAGUCAGAAGUGGAACCAAAGGCAACCAUAUUGUAACAAUAUUAGAACCCGAUGGUUAACAAGGUGUCUUGACAGCUCAGCGAUAACUAUUGCAAAGUGCCUUUUAUCAGAGCUGUAUGACAUACUGUACAGGCCAAUCGCCGGCCUAACUGUGGCUGAGAGGUAACUGAUACACUUGACUUGGAACAAUGAAGUUUGUGUUUUACCAUUGUUAUAAUUGUGACAAAGCUGCUUGCUAACUGGAGAUUGGCUUCUUGUUUAUCUGUUACAUUUUCCCACAACUUAACUGGUUCUACAGUAAUCUACCCACAUUCUUCCAUUCAACUCGCCUGCUCUUAAAUUUCUCAACCACUCACACUGUUUUACAGAUGGGUGUUGCAACCUUAAAGGUUCUUUGUGCAUCACGUCUUUUAAUAUUCAGAAUUAUGAUGCGCACUGGUUGCCUUAGCAGAUAAAUAUUUGGUAGGAGUUGAGAUAGGGGUCGGAAUUCUGAAACCAGUGAUACCAUUAAUUCAGAUUCUCCUUUUGUUAUCAUGGAGGUGUAUUUCUUUAGGAAGUGGAGGCUCCUCCCAAAAUAUGAGCCAUCCCUUUGUUCUUUAGGGAUGAAAACGAUACUGCUAGUUGUUGAAUAAGCAAUAAACAAAGUAUUUUCUCAGUCCUUAUGAAAAGUUACAAAUGUUUUCUUUUGUAAUAUAUACAUUGUAACCAGAUUCCAUCCCUGACCACUGGAAAGUACUGAUGAUUGGAUUGUUAAGCUUUUUUCUUGAGUGGAUUUUAAUUCCUGGCAAUUUCUCAGUGUUUACUCUUGAACAUGUAAAAGGUUAAUGAAGACUUGAAGUCUUUUGGAGUAUUUCCCCAUGAAUUUCAUUCUGACUGUAUUUUCAUCAAGAUAAAUGUCUCCAGUGUUUUUUGGUACCCAAGACAUCAAUGGUUGCUUCUUUCCUCUGUUCUCUUUGCAAUUUUUACCUUAAAGAAUUAAACUGGGGCAUUGAGUACUUUAUUACUUUCUAGACAUACUUUAUUAGAAUUAGACUAUUUAAGCAGUUUUUUAACACUUCUGAUUUUUAGUGGUUAGAAAAUAUUGUGAAGGCUUUUGGACAAAACAAUUACUUAGUGUAACCACCUGAGAAGGCUUUGAAUACCGACAUCUGAUUUAAGUCUAAUCAGAAGACUCACAGCAAAUAAAUUUUUUGACAGCUUA